AAAUCUGCUAGAACGUGAGAAACUUCAAGCUCAAGUGACGGAUCUGACAGCGAAGGUGCAACAGCAGAAUGAGACGAUCACGAUGCUGCAGCGGCGGAUAGCGCUCGAAGCUAAGAACUUCAAGCAUCAGCUGCAGAACGAGAUCAACAAGCAUAAGGACACCCGUCAUGACCUUGACCUGGCCAUCAGCAAUGCGGACAAACUGUCCAGUAUCAUCGAGAUGAAAGAGAAGAUGUUAAGCACAGCGGCAAGCCGUCCAGUCAAGUCGCCCACAAAACUGACAUCCACGAUGAACCCAGGAAGAUCACCACCCAUUAAAAUGAAGCCACCAGAACCGAGUAUACACAGAAGCAAUGACGACAGAUUGACUAUGGAUCAAACUAUCCUGGCCAAGCUUUGCGAGAAUUCUCGCAGCAUCAGUAGUGCCCUCUCCCACGACGAAGAAACCUCAUCGUCGAUUGAACCUCGCUCCAGGUAUGCCAGAAGCAGGACCACGUCGAACAGCACCCGCUCCACCCCCAUCCCCACUAGGAAGAGUUCCAAAGGUUCAGACGACAUAAUCGAACUUGCCAAAACAGUACAAGACGGCAUGGCUGACCUCGCGAUUUUCGACGAUGAUCUAGAUACAAAGAAUUCUACGCCAGAUGAAGUUGCGAAGAAAAUGGAAGCAAUGAAAGCUGAGUUGAUUAAAAAGAUUAAAGAUGAAGAGCCUGCGUCACGAAAAAGUGCUUUGUUACGUAGGAGGUCUACAGAAGAAUCAAUUGAGGAACAAAUAGUUGAGGAAGAACCCGAACGACCAAAGUCUAAAGGAAGACGAAGCUCCAACGUGUCAUUUUAUGACAAUGCUGGAGGCGACGAUGUAUCUGUUGGAAAUGAAUACAAAAUGGCCGAAGAGAGAAUAAAAAGAGAGAACAGCGUGCUAGAACGGAAGUUGUCUGCAAAACCAAUAGACAAAUACUGCAAAGACAUCAUCCAAGACAUAGAGAAGAGUAGUAAAGUCAUAGAUAAGCACGUGAAGCAGUUUAACCAUUCGAGGUUUGAAGGCGAUAAAAUAGUGGAACAACUGCAAGUUGUGGACAAAUUAAAUGAGUACGUCAAUUCUAAAGGUGAGAUAUCGGAGACAGCUUUGACAGAACUGAAUAAUAAUUUUAAAGUGUUGACUGAAUCGGUACUGGAGGCUGCGCCUACCAGAAAGAGGUCAGUGUCAGGCAGAAGGAACUCAAGAUGUAACCUACUUGGUGAUUCGAAUCUGAGCAACCAGGAUUUGUUGGACGACUUGUUGGGUAAGAAAUGAUAUACGGCCUUAUGUUAGAUGGUUUAUUUUUGUAGUGGUGGUCGGAAUCGACUUUCUGAUACUACUACCCCUUUCUAAAAUAUCUUUUUAAUUAUGAAUGAAAUUUUGAGAUGUUCAGUGAACUAGUCUUUUAUUAUUAUUAUCAUGAAUUAUGAAUUAUAAAGUUAAUUUUGAUUUUAAAUCCGAGUUUUUGUAUUAGCUGCAGUUUACUGGCUUGAAUAUGAACAUCGAAAUUGCAUCUAGUAUUUAAAAAAUUUGUCUUUUGUAAAAAGAGCUACUUCAAUCAUAAAAUAGUAAUUGCUUUAAUGUGGAAAUACACAGAAACGAAGUUAUAGCAUUUCUGUGGUAACAUACUAACGUCGCUUUUUGUUCGUCUAUUCUUGUAAAUAUAAAUUACAGGAAACCACGGAAACAUUAUAAUUACCACCACUCAAGAGCCUAAACAUGACAAAUGAUGGAUCCGUUGUUCUUGUACACUUUGUUCAGGCUGUUGCCUGAACGAUGAUGAAAUUUGUAAAUGUAUGAUGUCUGUUAUAGAUGUUUUACGUCGAAUUUUAUUUGCAUUGUUUGCACCUACUCGAUUUUUUUUAAUAAUCCGGUAUGAAAACUAUAAUCUAGGUUAAUUGAAUUUUCGCCUAUUUAAAACCUGCGCAUUUAGUUUAAAUUCUUCGAAAGGGCUUUCCAAAGUCAAUGACUUAAGGCCAUAUUUAUAAACCGCUUUCACCUUUACAAUUUUAAGUAGACAUUUAAUGUAUUGAACAAUUUAAUAAACAAAACUUGAGCUGUAAUUAAAUUGUCUGUUUUUGGCUGAGUCGGCGUAAUUGAAUAAACGAAACUCAGCUGCCAAAAUCUGUCGUUUGUAAUGACUUAAGAUAUCAUUUGAGACGUUAAUAAUUAAUAUCUGACUUGACAGCAUCUACGCUGAUACUGCUACGGCUGAUACACUUUUCUGGUAGUAGAUCUUUUAUAUGUAAGAGUCCGCCUAGAUAGGUACCUUUGCAAAGCCGGGGUGGGAUAUUAGUUAAAUAUUUACUGGUGGUAGGUCUCCCGUAUAUAAGAGUCCGCCUGGGUACCUCCAUAUUGUCUAU